AUGGAGAAGACGAAGGACAUCUUGCAGCGGAGGCUAAACCAACAAGAAUCGGAAGCGUUAUCACGAAUCCAAUCUGUUCCUUCCAUCAGACCCGGCGACGAUUCAAGCUUCUACGAGCACUUCGUUCUCACCGGCAUCAAAGUUGACAAAGUCCAACCCGGAUUCGUCUCUUGUUCUUUCAAAGUCCCUCCUCGCCUCACCGACAGUAAUGGAAACUUGGAAAAUGGUGCAAUUGCAACACUUGUAGAUGAGGUGGGAGGUGCUGUAAUCCAUGAAGAGGGUCUCCCCAUGAAUGUUUCAGUUGAUAUGUCUAUUUCUUUUCUCUCAACUGCUCAUGUUAAUGAUGAAUUAGAGAUUACUUCUAGGCUGUUAGGAAGGAAAGGAGGUUAUUCUGGAACAAUUGUUCUCCUAAAGAAUAAAGCUACUGGAGAAUUGAUAGCAGAAGGCCGGCAUUCACUAUUUGGCAGACAUAACAGCAAAAUGUAA